GUGAAAGCAGAAAACAAUGGUGUUUGUCGUUGGACAUGUUCGAGCAGAACAUGCAAAGCAAAUUGGCAUACUGAAGGUAAAAUUUUAAAUUUAUUAAGCUUUCAUUUGAAUUAAAAUAUAUUUUAGGCAAAGCAGACACCAUAUAACGUCGCUAAAAUUAUUUUAUAUAAUAGCAUUAAACGAAAAGCUGAAGACGACAUCGUUGAAUGUCCGUCAAAAAUAUUUUGAUUGGCGCUAAAAAAAAUAUCUUAUUGAACGAAAUAGAUGCGAUACAUGCUCCCGUGAGUACAAAGAAAAAUGGAUACGAUAUAAACGAUAUAACUACGAAAACUGCAAACAAUUCUUCAGUGGAGGUGGUGCGGAGGCUGAAGAGGCGGUUGGAAGAACGCCAGGAAAUUUUGUCAAAUAAAAGAAUACUGGCAGAAUCCAUAUUAGACCAACUUUCUCAACAGGAAGAAAUUAAAAAACACUUUAAACAAGUCAGGAGGAGAGCAAUAAGCUCUCUCCUCCAAUGCCAAAUUGAGGAAGCAAAUAAAUGCAUAUCAAUUUUGUUUAUUAUUAUUUGUAAAUCAUAGA